GUAGUGCCGGAGCCGCUGGGGCGCACUGCCCACGCCGCCACCGCCUGAGCGCUUAGCUCGCGCCCGCUCCCCGCCGACAUGAAGACCACCGGCGAGGUGCUGCGCGAGGGCGAGUUGGAGAAGCGCAGCGACAGCCUGUUCCAGCUGUGGAAGAAGAAGCGCGGCGUGCUCACCCCGGACCGCCUGAGCCUGUUCCCGGCUGGCCCCGGCGCGCGCCCCAAGGAGCUGCGGUUCCACUCCAUUCUCAAGGUGGACUGCGUGGAGCGCACGGGCAAGUACAUCUACUUCACCAUCGUCACCACCGACCGCAAGGAGAUCGACUUCCGCUGCGCGGGCGAGAGCUGCUGGAAUGCGGCCAUCACGCUAGCGCUCAUCGACUUCCAGAACCGUCGCGCCCUGCAGGACUUCCGCAGCCGCCAGGAGAGCGCCGCGACCCCCGAGCCCCAGACGGCCUGCGCGCCCUGAGCCCGCUGCGGAGUCACACACUGGAUGAGUCGGGCCUGACGCUGAGCAGCGCCGGGAGGAACCCAGGGGGUGCCCAGGAUGGCGGGAGCCCACCCGCUGACGACGGCGAGGACAAAGGGCUUGGGGCCGUGGGACCUUUCCGUACGGAGUCGCCGAGUACAGCCCCGCUGCGCGGGCGCCUUAAAUUAUUGGACUAUCUAUAUAUUUAUUUUGGUUAUUUGUCGUCAAACCAUGUCUUAAUAUUUUGUUUUUUCAUCAGUGUCCAUUCCGAAUAAAUUACUUGACCUGAAGUCUUUUCUACCAUCCAGGUGUGGUGCAGUGAG